UGGGCCGUGGGGGUGGCCCACGGGGCAGCCGCUGCCGCCGCCUCGGAGACACAGCUGGUGAAUGAGGAUGUGAAGCGCACGGUGGAUCUGAGCAGCCACCUGGCCAAGGUGAUGGCCGAUGUGCUGCUGGCGCACCCAGGCGGCUCGGCCUCGCCCGUCUCCUCCUUCAUGCUGGCCCUGGAGCCCGUGCUCGAGGCUCGGCUGGCCCACCUCGGCGUGCAGUUAAAGGGAGAAGAGGAAGAAAAUCAUUUGGAAGUACGAGAAAUAAAGCUUAAAGUAAAAAGUGGGAAAUUAUUCACGGCAAAACUUCCAUAUUCCCUAGCUGGAGGUGCCAAGAUUCAAGUGGUCAUUGAAACAGUCUUCACUCAUGCUCUGCAACCAUAUCCUACCCAGAUUACCCAGUCAGAAAAGCAGUUUGUGGUUUUUGAGGGGAACCAUUAUUUCUAUUCACCUUACCCAACCAAGACAGAGACCAUGCGUGUGAAGCUGGCUUCUCGAAAUGUCGAGAGCUAUACCAAGCUUGGCAAUCCUAUCCCCUCUGAGGACAUGCUGGACUAUGGCCCCUUCAAAGACAUUCCUCCCUUCAGUCAGGAUCCUUUUAAAGUGCAUUAUGAGAACAAUAGCCCCUUCUUGACCAUCACUAGCAUGACCUGGGUCAUUGAAGUCUCUCACUGGGUCAAUAUUGCUGUAGAGGAAACAGUUGACUUAAAACAUACUGGUGCUGUCCUUAAAGGGCCCUUUUCUUGUUAUGACUAUCAGAGAAAGGCAGACAGUGGGAUUUCUUCCAUCAGGUCUUUCAAGACCAUACUCCCUGCUGCUGCUCAGGAUGUUUAUUAUAGGGAUGAAAUUGGAAAUGUCUCCACCAGCCACCUUCUUAUCUUGGAUGAUUCUGUGGAGAUGGAAAUCCAUCCCCGUUUUCCACUCUUUGGUGGAUGGAAGACCCAUUACAUUAUUGGCUACAAUCUUCCAAGCUAUGAGUACCUUUAUAAUCUAGGUGACCAGUAUGCCUUGAAGAUGAGGUUUAUGGACCAUGUGUUUGACGAACAAGUGACAGAUUCUUUGACAGUGAAGAUCAUACUUCCAGAAGGGGCUAAGAACAUCUAAGUAGACAGUCCUUAAGAGAUCAGCAGAGCCCCAGAUGAGUUACACUACACCUACCUGGAUACGUUUGGCCGCACAGUGAUUGUCGCCCAGAACAACUUGGUGGAGCAGCACAUCCAGGACAUUGUGGUACAUUACACAUUCAACAAGAUCCUCAUGUUGCAGGAGCCUCUGUUGGUUGUUGCAGCCUUUUAUAUCUUGUUCUUCACAGUGAUCAUCUAUGUGAGGCUUGACUUUUCCAUCACAAAGGAUCCAGCUGCUCAAGCCAGGAUGAAGGUGGCUUGCAUCACUGAACAGGUUUUAACUCUGGUCAACAAGAGAUUAGGCUUGUACAGUCACUUUGAUGAAGCUGUCAACAAGUACAAGCAGUCAUGUGAUGUGUUCACCCUCAACAGUGGCAAGAAGACCUUGGAAAUGGAGCAUAAGUCCUUGACUAAUGAGAUUGCAUCUCUGCAGUCCAGAUUGAAGACUGAGGGCUCAGAUCUUUGUGACAAAGUUAGCUAUGUCCAGAAACUAGACAGUUAGGUGAAAGAUCUUGUGCUCAAAUCGUCAUUGGAGGCAGAACGGCUGGUGGCAGGAAAGCUCAAGAAAGAUGCCUAUAUUGAGAAUGAGAAGACCCUCUCCCACAGCGCCAGUUCCAGCUCUAGUGUUCUUGGUCACCAGAUGAUAGCAUAUUGCAGUGAUAGUGACAGUCAGUGGCUCCAGUCAAAUUUAUAA